GUGACUCCAUCCCCACCACGAGACCCCCAGGAGGAUGCCAGGGCUGAUUAACUGGACCACCCACUCCCCACUGCCCCUCACCACGUCAGAGGUGACCUCCUGUGUCAGUGGCUAUGCCUUUGGGAUGACAGCCUUGCUCACCUACCACAACCCAGAAGCUCAGGCUUUUGAAGGUCUCUUUGUGUACCCCUUGGAUGAGUUCACCACCGUCGUUGGGUUCGAGGCGGCCGUGUCCCGGCGCGCCGUCACCGUGCAGAUCAAGGACAAAGCCAAGAUAGGGGACACCUGCUUUGAGAGCUGCCACCUGCCUGAGGGAAGAGCUCCUGAUGGAAGUGGAAGGAUCCUGAUGGAUGAGGACUUGGAGAGGACUGUUUUUGUGGCCAACCUGGGCAUCAUUCCCCCUCUGGAAAGCAUCUCCAUCUUCAUCAGCACCUCCUCAGAGCUCCAGACACUGCCCAGCGGGGCUGUGAGGGUCCUUCUGCCAGCUGUGUGUGUCCCCAGGGUCCCUCAGCCCAGCCUGGAGAACAGCAGCAGCUUUCCCAGCCACCAGCUCCGAAUGGAGAAGAACUGCUGUGGGUUGAAGAGCCAGGAGCAAGGGAGCAGGUCCUGCUUGGCUCAGCUGCUGGAGCGUGAGGUCACCAACCCCUUUGAGUACCAGUUCAGCUUCCAGCUGGAGAUCCGGGGGCCAUGCUUGCUGGCAGGUGUGGAGAGCCCCACACACGAGAUCCGAGCGGACGCCGACCCCUCCGCUCGCUCUGCCAGGAGCAUCAUGAUCACCCUGGCCAACAAGCACACCUUUGACAGGCCUGUGGAGAUCCUGAUCCACCCAAGUGAGCCCCACAUGCCUCACAUCCUAAUGGAAGAAGGUGACAUGACACCUGCAGAGUACGAGCGACACCUGAAGGGGAAGAAUGAUUUCAUUAAAGGCACUAAGAAAGACCCCAGUGCUGAGAAAAAGAUGGAAAUCAUCAGGAAGAGGCUGAGCAAGGACAUCCCUCACCACCCUGUCAUCAUGCUCAACUUCUGCCCUGACUUGAGAGCCAUCCAGCCCGACCUCCAGAAAGCCCAAGGAGAGUUCAUCUUCCUCGUAGACUGCAGCAGAAGCAUGAGUGGCAUGAACAUCAACCGUGCCAAGGAUGCUCUGUUGGUCAUUCUCAAGAGCCUGAUGCCCUCCUGCCUCUUCAAUGUCAUUGCCUUUGGAGCCACCUUCAAGACCCUGUUUCCUGCCAGCCAGAUUUACUGUGAGGAGAGCUUGGCCAUUGCCUGCCAGAGCAUCAGGAGGAUCCGAGCUGAUAUGGGUGGCACCAACAUCUUAACUCCUUUGAAGUGGAUCAUCCGACAGCCCCUCCACAGGGGCCACCCCCGCCUGCUCUUCCUGCUGACUGAUGGAGCCAGCAGCAACACGGGCAAGGUCCUGGAGCUACUGAGAAACCAUUGCUGCUCCACCCGGUGCUACAGCUUUGGCAUUGGCCCAAAUGCCUGCAGGAGGCUGGUUGGAGGCCUGGCUGCUGUGUCCAGGGGCAUUGCUGAGUUCCUGGCAGAGGGCGAGAGGCUGCAGCCCAAGGUGCUCAGGUCGCUGAAGAAGGCGAUGGCGCCGGUCCUGAGCGAUGUCUGCGUGGAGUGGCUCUUUCCUGAGAGCACCGAGGUCUUGGUUUCCCCCAUCAACGCCAGCUGCCUCUUCCCUGGUGACCGCCUGGUGGCCUACAGCGUCGUCUGUGACACCUCCUCCUACAUCUCCAACCCCAGAUCUGACAGGAGGCGGCGUUACAGCAUGAUGCGCUCCCAGGAGUCGGGCAGCUCUGUUUUCUUCCACUCCCAGGAGGAGGCAGCAGGCGCGGAGAGCUGGAACCACUCCAGAGACUCGGAGAGCUGCUGCCCCACCGAGUGUGGUCCUGAUCACCUGGCGGUGGGCAGAGACCCCGAGGGAGAAUCGGACACGGACCCCGGAGCAGACGUGAGGGCCCCCUGCAGGAGACGUGCGUACAGCACCACCCAAAUCGCCGACCAUCAGCCCUGCAAGAAGGUGCCCACGGGCAGUGACCCUGGCAGCACCCUGGUGAAAAACCCCCUUCGGAAAGCCCACCUGCAGGACCUGCAGCAGAUCAGCCCUGAGCCCUGGCAGGUGGAUUUCCAGCCCUUUGCAGCCUCUGCCACCAGGAUCCUUGGUGCAGGAGCCCUCAGGCCAUCCCUGCUCCACCACAGCUGCCUGCCCUUCUGCCACCAUGGGGACAUCCCACCAGUGCCAGACGGGCUGCAGGGAAGGGCUUUGGGACCGCUGGAUGCCAGCAUCAGCUUGAGGUCUUCCUCGGAGAUCCGAAGCCCUGGAGACCUGGAGUCUGCCCAGCAUCCUUCCUUCACCUUCGAAACGGAGACCUCCUCUGACUGGGAGCCCCAGGACCUGGAGUUCAGCACUGCCCGCAGCUCCCCCAGGAGCCUCUGCAAGGCCGUGGUGAAGGGGCUGAGGAGCAACGAGCCUGUGCAGUGGGAGAUCACCUUUGACAUCCACCCUCUCUUCCAAGAGAGGCAGGGCCAGGGGGAUGGCGACACAGACCUGUGGAGUGAGACCUUCCACCACCUGGCGGCCAAGUCAGUCAUCAGGGACUUGGAGCAGCUGGCAGAGAAGGAGUCUGAAAUCGAGCAUGGGUCUGGGCGGCGGUACCAGGUCAGUGCUGUCCACACCAGCAAGGCCUGCAACAUCAUCAGCAAGUACACUGCCUUCGUGCCUGUGGACCUCAGCACCAACAACUACCUGCCCACCACCGUGGAGUACCCCCACAUGGGGAACAGGAGGCACCGUGGCUCUUCCCCUGGACGUCCCCAGUCAGCCCUUGGCCAGCACAGAGGUGAUGGAUUCCAUGGUCCUUGGGGGUUUGGCUGCUUCCUGGUGUUCCGCACUGCUUUGGGCUAUGAAGGGACACCUUCCCUGGGCUCUUUUGCUUCUCCUUCUCUCUUUGAACGUGGUGCUCAUCAGCCACGUGGACUCCACCAGCUCCCUGGGGAGACCUGUUGCUGGGUGGGAUUGCUGAUGGGCUGCUCCAUUGCAGGUGAGGACAGCAGCCUGCCAGCCUGCAGCACCUCCUACUCCUCAGCCUGGGAGCGCUGCCAGCUCCCUGAAGGGUCCUUACAGAGCCUGUCUGCUGCUUCUGCACCAGCUCCAAAAUCCAUUGAGAGCCUCUUUGCUCCCAGGCUGACCCUGGACAAAACCAGGCUGCUGAUUCGAGCUGCCAAGGGCUUCAUGAGCAAACCUCCAAGCAGAGGGAGCGAAGCCAGCUCCGAGGGUGACAAUGAGAGCAUAGACUACCUGCCCCUGGCAUCCCUGCAGCUGGCCUGUGGUGCCUUUCUCCUGAACUCAGCCUUCUGCACCGCCGUCAGCAUCCCCAUGGAGAAGCUCAAGUGGACAUCUCCCUUUGCCUGCCACCGCCUGGCCCUCAGCCCCUCUGGCUCCUCCAGCGCCAGGAAGACCACUCCCUCUGGGGAGCACCAAAGCCUCAGCUCCAGCCAGCAGCUCCUUGUCCCUGAUGAGCCCAGGAAGACUCCCACCACGGCCAGAGGCAGCAGCCCAAGCGCGGUGCUGGAGGCCACCGGCCGCCUGCGCCACUUCUCGGGCAGCGCAGUGGAGAGCAUCUCCAGAGCCCUGAAGGCUGAGAAGGAGCUGUCCCCCCCAGCCAUCACCAUCCGACGCUUCUCCUCCCCGGAGUGGCAAGCUGGCAGCAGCCAGGGCUUGGAGGUGGAUGGCUCCAAGGUGCAGCAGCUGCUCUUGGACAUCGAGCUGCAGCAGCAGACGGAGCCGGAGGGGCUGCUGUGGGCCACGGCGGUGGCCUUGGCUUGGCUGGAGCACAGCUCAGCUUCCUACUUCAUCGAGUGGGAGCUGGUGGCUGCCAAAGCCAGCCUGUGGCUGAGCCAGCAAGACUUCCCAGAGGGAUCCAGCCUGGCCACGGUGAAAGCUGCAGCCCAGCAGCUCUUUGUCCUGCUCCGGCACUGGGAUGAGAAUCUGGAGUUCAACCUGCUGUGCUACAACCCCAGCAGCGUGUAAAGGGGAUGGGGGAGAGAGGCUGGGGCAGCUUGCUGAGGGACAUGUCCUCCAGCAAACACCUCCAAGGAGCUUCAGCUGCAAGGACACUGUGUGGUUAUCAGAGCAAGUCCUGCAGGCUGAGGCAGCCAGGCAGGAUCCUGCUCUCAGCAGUGGGCUCCUGCCCUGGGAUUGCUGCUCGCAGCAGGAUGCUGUCUAACUGGAGCAUCACCUCCAGCUACAGCAAUUCCUUCUGCUGCUGGUUCCUUCUGGCUCCCAGCCCCAGACCCAAAGCAGGUCUCCCUGAUGCCUGCUUGGCUCAUCCCAUCUUUGCUUGGCUAUCUCUUCCCAGCCUCAAAUUGCUGCCAAGCUUCUGCUGUGGUUUCCCUGGCCCUGAGCCGAUGCUCUCCUGAGGGUCCUGCCUGGCUUCUGCCAUCUCAGAUGUCUUUUGUAGGAGGUGAACAUCUGCAAACAGGCUCAUCUGGUGGACCAAAGGAAAUCCAGGGUGGCACCAACCAUCUGAAGAGCAGCCUUGUGUCCAGGGGUAGGGAUUCAACCCCCUCCCUGGGCAACCUCCUCCAGUCUUUGAGAACCCUUUCAGUGAAGAAGUUUCUUCUCAUGUCCAACCUCAACCUCCCCUGCUGCAACUGGAGGCCACUGCCACUUGUUAUCCAAGUCCCACCUGGCUCCAACCUCCUUUCAGGGAGCUGUAGAGGGCCAGAAGGCCUCUCCUCAGCCUCCUCUUCUCCAGGCUGAACGACCUCAGCUCCCUCCUCACAGCAUCUGUGUCCAGGCUCCCUCAUCAGCCUUAUUGCCCUGCUCUGGACCAGAGAGGUUCUGCUCUGGCACCUCUGGAGUGAGGGCCCCCAAACUGAACCCAUUAGACUCACAGAAAGGGUGUGAGUCUCCUUAAUCCUGCCAGCCAGGACCUCAGCAGGUGUGGGGACAUUCAUCCUUGUCUCCCCACACCAUGCCCAAAGGAGCUGGAUGCCCUCACCCCCAGACUCACUCUGUGCCAACCAGGCUGGGGGGAUUGGGUGUUGAGCUUCCUGCCUGUCCCCAGCUGGGUCGAUCCCUACCUGGUGGCCCCCAGGGUGGGUUUCCCUGCAGGAUCCAUCCAGCAGCAGCUCCACGGAUCAAGUGCCUACGGAGGGACCCUCAGGCCAUCACCUCUGGCGUGGUGGCAAUGCCCGUGGAGCCCAGCCCAGCCCUGCUGCCUUCCAUUCCCUCCCUUGGCAUGUAGCAGCCUUGCUGUGUCCCAGCAGGUUUCUGUUCUGUGUCUGUGCGUCUGGG